CGCCGCGGCCUCCGCCAUGUUCCCGGGUCCGCACCCGAAUGGAGUCCUCCGGGGACGAGCUCCGCGGCGCUGCAGUGCCGGGGGAGAAGGGAUCUGUUAAAUGCCGGAGUGGCGACCUGAUGCUGCUGAGGACACCGCGCUGCUCAGCGAGGCACUGAGCGACAGCCUGCCUGACAGCCGUAAUCUGUUUAGGAGUGUCAUCCCAGCUCCAGUUCUUGUUGCUGCCCAAAGUGCUUUUCCCUGCGACAAGGCACCUUUGUACCACAGUAUCAGGUAGCCUUCUCCUGGGCUCUGAGGACAACGUGUGACUUGUGCAGAAAUGCUGCGAUACUGGGGUGAGAUCCCGGUUUCCUCCAACCAGGCCAACCGCAGCUCCUUUGACCUGCUGCAGCGCGAGUUCCGUACCGUGGAAGUCCAGGAUCCUCCACUGCACCAACCAUCUGCGAAUAAGCCCCGGCCCACCACCAUGCUGGACAUCCCCUCUGAGCCCUGCAGCCUCACUAUCCACACCAUCCAGCUCAUCCAACACAACCGGCGGCUGCGCAGCCUCAUCGCCACAGCUCAGGCUCAGAACCAGCAGCAGGCAGAGGGCAUAAAAACUGAGGAGAACGAACCUCUGCCAUCUUGUCCAGCCUCUCCACCUCUCCCGGAUGACCUGCUUCCUCUGGAUAGCAAAACGCCCAAAAUGCCAUUUCAGCUGAGGCACAGUGACCCAGAGAGUGAUUUCUACAGAGGAAAAGGGGAGCCAGUGACUGAGCUGAGUUGGUCCUCCUGCCGGCAACUUCUCUACCAGUCAAUGGCCACCAUCCUGGCUCACACAGGCUUUGAGUGUGCCAAUGAGAGUGUUCUGGAGACCCUGACAGACAUUGCCCACGAGUACUGCUUGAAGUUCACCAAACUGCUGCGCUUCGCUGUGGAUCGAGAAGCUCGACUUGGGCACACCCCUUUCCCUGAUGUCAUGGAGCAGGUCUUCCAUGAAGUGGGCAUUGGCAGCGUGCUCUCUCUGCAGAAGUUCUGGCAGCACCGCAUUAAGGAUUAUCACAGCUACAUGCUUCAGGUUAGCAAGCAGCUCUCUGAAGAGUACGAGAAGAUUGUCAACCCUGAAAAGGCAGCAGAGGACACAAAGCCUGUGAAGAUUAAGGAGGAACCUGUGAGUGAUAUUACUUUCCCCAUAAGUGAGGAGUUGGAAGGAGAUCUGGCUUCUGGUGACCAGUCUUUGCCUGUUGGAGUCCUUGGAGCUCAAAGUGAGCGCUUCUCAGCCAACUUGGAAGUAGAAGCUUCCCCGCAGACUUCAGGUAGGGAUUUCUUGCUGCUCCUGGAAACAGUCCAUUAGCAAUUCCUUGUGAUCUUCUUUCCUCUGGGUAGUUUUAGAUUCACAUUCAGA